AUGGUGUCAAUCACCGUGCCGAGUGCUGCUCUCACCGCGGCCUCCAUGACGGUAGAGCCAAGCUUAGGCUCAAAACGAAAAUACACGGACGCGACUCCUGAAGACGAAGCGCUAUCCUCCAGCCAAGGCAAGCGGCAGAAGGUCGCUUUCGAUCCGGAUGUCGAGAUACGCGUGCUGGAAGACUGGAACGAGAAGGGCAUCGAGCUGGUACGGGAGGAGGUCCGACGCGGGAUUGAAAAGCACCUGGCGGGCGACAAUGCGGCAUACGACCAACUGAAGCAGCUAUUCACUGCAAAACCGUUCGAGGAGGACGCGCCGUCGACGAGACUAUUACAGAAGUACCUCCAUGCUCUCACCGGGCACGCCAGCUGGCUGAACAAGAACUGCUCUGGGUUGGUUCACGCGGUGCUCGAUUGUCAAUGGCUACUCCGCGACGAGAGCUUCGUCCAGUCUUAUAUCCGCUUUCUGGGCGGUCUACUAUCUGCUCAUGGUGGGUAUACUGGCCUAGUACUGAGGAUGGUGGUGCAAAGCUUCGUUAGCCGUAGGUGUCUUGGUGACCCACCGAUGAUCCAUGCUAAGAACAAUGUAGUACCGCCCCAGUCUCUUCGCGCACCCAGCGAUGCUCCAGUGCGCCGCACACAAGCUGAAGCACGCGUCCACAGUUGCCUGAAAUACCUCCUACAGCUCAUUCCAUCCGCAAGUGGGGCAUUACCAUCGAUAUUAUCCUCCUCCUUCCCCUUUGCUACCGAUUCGACGAAAGCGCACGUGGACUACGUUCGCAACCUGCUCAAGCUGACUGAGUAUGCACCGGCGCUCAAGGGUGCAAUUCUGGCGUUGGUCACGGACAGACUUGUCAAAAUUGAUGUUCAGAUUCAGGUCGAUAUGGAGGACUUGGAAGAAGACACAGAAGAAGAGCUGGUACGCAAGGUCCUGGAACGGCGUGACCAGGGUCCUGACGAUGCGGAAGAGGAGGAUCCUGAUGCCAGCGACAACGAAUCUGUUUCAAGUGCGGAUAGUGAUGGACCCGACGACGAGCGCAUCAAGGACUUGAAGCAGGCUGUUGUCACCAUGGACUCCAUGCUGGACGUCCUGUUCGGCUACUACCAUCCCAUAUUCACAAGCGGCAUGAUCCUCGACGUACGAGACACAUUCGAGCAUCUACUCGCGCAAUUCUCCAACACCAUCCUCCCCACCUACCGCUCUCGCCACACGCAAUUCCUGCUCUUCCACUUCGGCCAAGCUUCAUCAUUCCUCAUGGAGCGCUUCACCAGCGUCUGCCUCGACCUCUCCUUCGACAAGACACGACCCCACAUCCUACGGCUAGCAGCAGCAUCCUACCUCGCCAGCUUCAUCGCGCGCGGUGCUCAUGUCCCGCCCCCACUCGUCCGCCAGAUCUUCGACCUCCUCCUUGAGUACCUGGAAGACAUGCGCCUGACCUACGAGCGCACCUGCACGGGCCCCGACCUCCGCCGCUACGGCGGCUACUACGCCAUCGCGCAGGCACUGCUGUACAUCUUCUGCUUCCGCUGGCGCGACCUGAUCCGCAAUGCAGACGAGUACGCCGACGAAGACGACGAGAGCUUGCUCGACGGUAGCCGCGAGCUAGUCUGGGGCCACCGCACAAAGGAGAUCCUGACCCGGAAUGUCUACAGCAAGCUCAACCCGCUCAAGGUCUGCUCGCCGGCAAUAGUGGCGCAGUUCGCGAAGAUCGCGCACCAUCUCCAUUUCAUGUACAUCUUCUCGCUGCUCGAGACGAACAAGCGCGUCAGGCUGUCGCGGGCCGUGGGGUCCGGUGGCGCGGCAUACGGCGGCAUGCCGGAGCGCGAGACGGCGCUGUCGGGGCGCAGUGGGGAGGCGUCGUUGCAGCUGGAUGCGUAUUUCCCGUUUGAUCCGUAUCAUCUUCCGAGGAGUAAGCGGUGGUUGGAGGGGGAUUAUAAUGAGUGGAAGGCUCUGCCGGGCUUGGAGGAGAAGGGAGUCGAGAGUAGCGAGGAGGAGAGUUCGGAAGAUGAGAUUGAGGAUGGGGAGGUUGAUGGAGACGUGGCGACUGAGUCGAGUGGGUAG